AUGGUGGCCGAUUCAAACGACAUCGAAGCGCUACUCGAGGAUGACAUCAAGCUGGUCGCGCAGAAGUUGGUCAACAUGGUCGCCGCCGCCAAUCACACCGCCACUGACCACCGUAGUAGUAGCCGCGACGAGACCGACGUGCCAAUGUGUGACGACCGAACCGCCGCAGUGCCCUCAGACGCCUCUUCCUCCUACGCCAUCUCUUCCACCUCCUCCUCAUCCACCGCCACCAUCCUCAAACACACCUCCUCUUCCUCAUUAUCACCACCACAACCUCCCGACACCGCCAUCCUCACCAGCACCACCAUCAAUAAUGUUAAAAAUAAUAACAACAACAGCAACCACGACCAUCACGGCCAUACCAACGGCGUCAUCGGCGAUGAGUCCUCCUCUCCUUCCUCUACGCCCAACAACAGCGUCAACAAUGUUGGCAAGACCAACGGCUGCGACGCCGGUGAUGACACCCAUCUCAGCAAUGACAACAACGGUGACACCUCUGCCGCCGACACCACCACCAUCAACAGCAACGGGGGCAACCACGAAGGAGAGCCAUCACCUGAAGAGCCAUCUGCAAUGGAAGUCAGCGAAGAUGACGGUCCCUGGAAAGAUAUCCAAAUCGAUCCCACCGGCGAGACACCUCUUCCUAAUGGGCUAGUUGCCAUCUGCGGCGUCGUCCAGCCGCCCUUCUACCGUGAGCAAGACAGUGACCGGCCGUUCAGGUUCACAAACCAGCUCAGCUUUCUCAAAAGCAUUCUGACCAAGUACAUCUGUCGCUACAAGGCCGCAAAGCCUUUCAUCGUGCCCGUCGAUAGUGUGAAGUUUAAAAUUCCUCAUUACUACCUAGUGAUUCGGCAGCCAAUGGACCUGGGGACUGUUAAAAACCGUAUUAACUUCCUCUGGUACGACAAUGCGGCAGAGUGCAUCGCCGACCUUAGGCUCAUCUUCUCCAACUGCUAUCGCUUCAAUCCUCCCCAAGAUUCAGUCUACAAAGCAGGCAAGAAGCUGGAAGAGUACCUGGACGACAAGCUGAAGGAGAUGCCAGCGGAGGAAGAGGAGAUUCCCUGUCCACCUCGACCCAGCUACGAUGAGUAUCAAAAGUUAAUCAAGCAAUCACCUGAAACGCCCCGAACGGGCUCGAUCUCGGAACAUAGUGAGAAUGGCGACUUUUGGCCGUAUGGUCCCAUCAAAAUGACCACCCGCAGCGAGCGCGGCGUGAUGGUGCGAAAGCCAAGCAAAGACCUUCCAGAGCCCAUCACCACGCCUCAGCCAAGACCGCCGACGGUGAAGAAGGUCCCUCUGAACCAGCCAAUGAGAACCUGUCUGGAGUUUGUCAAAGACCUCUUCGGGAAGAAGCACGCCGAGUACGCUUGGCCCUUCUGGCAGCCAGUCAAUCCAGUCGAGUACCCCGACUACGCGCAAAAGAUCAAACGCCCGAUGGAUCUGAGCACCAUCAAGACCAAACUCGAGUCUGGGCAGUACAUCACACUGAACGAUUAUGCCAACGAUAUGAGGCUGAUGUUUUCCAACUGUUUACGCUACAACACACCGGAGUCUGCGAUCAUCGAGCAGGCACGAAAGCUCAGG